AUGGCUCCUAAAAGAAGUGAUAUCUGGUUUCAUAUUGAAAUUUUAAACGAGAAAUGUAAUGCAAAAUGUUUGUAUUGCAAACAGAUUUUGUCGACAAAAAAUGGUUUAAUGGGUAAUUUGAAUCGUCAUAUGAAGACGAAACAUUCUACAACUAGUAUUUCCAGGAAGAGGGUUACUGGUGUAACAGUAUCUUUGGGACAAACCCAAAUACAAGAAACAAGUAUAAGUAACAGAGACUAUAAUUUAUCAAGUACAAGUACCGGUGCCGAUACGAUGUCUGGUGUUAGUGUUUAUAGUGAAGAUAACAUUGAACCUAACCUAAAAAAACUAAAGACUAAAUAA